AUGGCGGAUCCGAUGAACCAUAGCACCGGGCAUCAACAACAGCAGAAGUACCGUCAGUACAAUCCUUACCAACAAGUCAAUCUUCCGUACCGUAAGCUCUACGAACUCCCAACUUCUCCUGAGUUUCUCUUCGAAGAAGAAGCUACGAAAAAACGCUUAACAUGGGGAGAGAACCUCACCUUCUUCACCGGUUGGGGUUAUUGCACUGGAUCUGUUCUCGGAGCCUUCAAGGGUACAAUUGCGGGGAUGCGAGCCGCCGAACGAGGCGAAUCCCUAAAGAUCCGAACUAAUCGGAUUUUGAACUCCGGUGGACUCGUUGCAAGACGCGGCGGGAAUUGCUUAGGAUCCGUAGGGUUGAUGUUUGCUGCUAUGGAGAGCGGUGUUACGUAUAUGAGAGACGGAGACGACGGUUCGUUGACAACUGUGAUCGCUGGUUUAGCCACUGGUGUGCUUUACAGAGCUGCUUCUGGACCUAGAUCCGCUGUGGUUGCCGGAGCUGUCGGAGGAGUUGCGGCUUUGGCUGCAGUUGCUGGAAGACGCAUCGUCAAGCGAUUCGUUCCAAUCUAA